AUGGUAAGUGAAAUAUAAUAAACAAUACCUAUUAUUUAAUUGCUGUUUACAGCUAGAGCAGAUUAUAUAUUCUUUAUACAUGAUUUAAAAGAAUGGUGUAAGUCAUCGAAUGCUUACAGCAAUUAAAAAUACUUUCGAAUACAUGAAAAAGCUUUAUAGUAAAACCAAUACAUUCCUCGCUAUGCUCAAAAUCCUAAAAAGAAAAAAUUGAAUUCUGAUGGGCUGUGAAAGCAAUGAAGAAAAAUGUGGUAUGUCCAGAUGGAGUACCAAUGAAAAUGUGGAAAGUAUUAGAGAAGUUGGAUAUAAGAUAUUUGUUCAAGAUAGUGUUAGUAAAAGAGAAAAUGAUAGACAGGCUGAGAAAAUUUUUUGCAAUUUUUAUUUUAAAAUUAAGUUUAUUAAGCAUCUGGAUUACUUAAAUACAUAUUUAUUUGAAGAAUAAUGACACGAAGACCUAAAAUUAAUUAUUUUCAUGAUAGAAAAGAACAUUGGCUGCACAUCUAACUAACUCCUAAGGAAGCAGUGAAGGACACAUUAAUAAUUUUAUAAGGUGUUGCUUUUUGAACAUGAUGAUUUUUAAAUGGGCGGGAGGUAAACGUGUGGUAAUUUUAGAGGAAUACAAUUGAUGUGUUGUAGUAUGAAGAUUUGGGAAAAUAUGGUUGAAAAGAGAAUUAGAAGUUAAACAUAAAUAUCUUAGAACUUGUUUGAUUUUAUGCCUGAUAAAUUGACAAUAGAACCAGUGUUUUAUGCGAGACAGAUUGUAGGAAAGUAUAGAAAGAAUGAAAAAAAUCCUAUGUAUGCAUUAAUAAAUUUAAAGAAGGCUUAUGACUAAGUGCCAAGAAAUAUUUAGAUGUAAGGCACUAAUGAGUAAUGAGGAAAAAUGUUAUAAUUGUAUAUUGGUUUGAUAGAGGAUAUGUAUAAAUAUAAUAAUCAAGGCAGGGAUUGCUUUGGAUUUACAGAGAUUAUACAAAAAUAAAAGGUUGGAGGAAUAUAACUGAAAGUGUACAGUGGUUGAUGUAAAAUUGUGAAACAACAUUUCUUAGCAGUGUGGUUAGCGUUUUAUUAUAUUAGAUCUAAAGAUAUAAAUUAAAUAAUUGGUUUUUUCUGUUUACUGCGAAGGUUUCUUUAAAUCCAGUACGUAUUUUGAAACAUCAAGCUGAAGAAGACAAAGGUGAAAAUGCCCGUUUGUCCAGUUUCAUUGGCGCCAUUGCUAUUGGUGAUUUGGUUAAAAGCACAUUAGGCCCAAAAGGAAUGGACAAGAUACUUAUAUCACAAGGCCGUGGUGGAAUGGAUACAAAAGUUGAAGUCACUAACGACGGUGCAACAAUAUUGAAAAAUAUUGGUGUUGACAACCCAGCCGCCAAGAUAUUAGUUGACAUGUCUAAAGUUCAAGAUGGUGAGGUCGGUGAUGGUACAACAUCAGUAACCGUCCUUGGUAAUAUAUUCUAUUUCAUUCUAACAAUCAUGUACAUAAUUAAUCCUUGUAGAUAAUAAACUCUUUUUUGUACGAGUAGAUAGUGGAAUGAGUGAUUUAGAUGAACAUAGGACUUAUAAUGAAAUCUUAAUAGAAAAUAACUGCAAUUAAAUUUAUUGUUUUGACUUACAGAAUGUUACCCCUAUGUAUUUUUCAAAUUAUGUGUACCUCUAAAAUUAUAAAAUCCCUAAAUAUACUUGGAAAAUAUUAGUUAAGUUUUUAGACUUAUUAUUUGACGCUGUAAACAUUUUGUCAAUUAAUUCCAAUAUAUCGAGGAGGAUUUUAAAACUAAUUCUAUUGUACUUAGGCAAUUAUCUAAUUAUUAUAAGGUAUUUGUUUUAUACUUCUAUAUUAUUUUAUUAGCUGCUGAAUUGUUACGUGAAGCUGAAAAACUAGUUGAUCAAAAAAUUCAUCCCCAAGUUAUUGUAUCUGGAUGGAGAAAAGCAACAAAAAUUGCAUAUGAUGCUUUACAAACUGCUUCAAAAAACAAUAGUGAAAAUGAUGCUAAAUUUCGAGAAGAUUUAUUGAAUAUUGCACGUACAACAUUAAGCUCUAAAAUAUUAUCUCAACACAAAGAACAUUUUGCCAAAUUGUCUGUUGAUGCAAUUUUGCGUCUAAGAGGUUCUGGUAAUCUUUCAGCCAUACAAAUUAUUAAGCUUAAAGGUGGUUGUUUAGAAGACUCAUUUUUAGAUGAAGGUACCUAUAUAUAAAUCUAUUUAUUACAAUUUCUUAAUUAAAAAUAAUAAUUACAUUAUUAUAAUUAUAAUAGGUUUUCUUCUUGAUAAAAAAGUUGGUCAACAUCAACCAAAACGCAUAGAAAAUGCUCGUAUUCUGAUAGCAAAUACACCUAUGGACACGGAUAAAAUUAAAGUAUUUGGAUCUCGUAUUAAAGUUGAUUCUAUGGCAAAGGUGGCAGAACUUGAGUUAGCAGAAAAAGAAAAAAUGAAAGAUAAAGUUGGAAAAAUACUUGCUCAUGAUUGCAAUGUUUUUAUAAACAGGUAUUUUUAAUAUAUUCAACUUAUGUUUUCUACUGGAAAUAUUACUCUAAUCCAAAAAUGGCAAGAGCUCGAUUUUGUUCCUUUUAACACAUAACCGCUGAUAGAGAAAGUUGUUAUUUGAUAGCUUAAAUAUUUUUCAUUAUUUUAAAUUUUUACGGCUAGUUGGUGACCAAAAAAAUUAAACAAUUUUAAUAAUUGAACAAAACUGAAAAAUACUUAGAAAUGACAGAAAAAUUAAAGAAAAUAAUUCUUUUAUUAUUUUUAAUGUAAUUCAGUUUAAAAUGUUGACAGAAAACUUGUAUUCACUUUUUCUAGACCUGAUAAAAUAUUCAGAACAUUUGAACUAUUUUUGAGCUAACAAGUGAUCCAUUUAAGUGGGUACACUCAUUAUCUCUAAAAAGUAUUAUCUUUUUUUGGAAUUUUUUUUCUAAAAUAUUUAAGAAAAGGGCAGCUCUAUAAUUUUAUAUUUAUGUUAUUUUAUAUCACCUUUGUUCUUUAUAUUUGGGGGUAAUUCCACUAUUUACCUUUGAUUUUUAUAUGGCAACCAAUAUUUAAAAGUCCAUAAAUAGCUGGAGUAUUAGUUAAAAUAAAUUUUUAGUGUUAAAAUUUUGAUUUCUAUCAAGCCGUUGACGAAAGAUAUUCCACUAUUAAGUUUGGGUUGAAAGAGAGGUAUAGUUGGACAUCAUUAACACGUGCGGCACACUGCCCACACAAAUGAUACUCAUUAUUCAAUUACAAAGAGUAAUAAAGACAUAAUUUUUUCAAAAUACAACAUCUUUUGGGUAUGAUCAUUGAGUUAUUUAUAGACAUUUGACUUUUUUGUAGUUUUAUGUGAAUAAAAUUGUUUUGGCUAACUAACAGAAAUGGUGGUACAUUUAAUAGAUUAUAAGUUGGUAUUUAGUGGUUUAAAAAAAAAAAAAUUAUAACUUUUCUAUAUAUGUUUUAAUUUCAAAUUUUAAAGAAAAUAAUAAAUUUUUCGAGAUUUCAAAAUAUGUUUAUCUGAACUUUGCUCAGAAUUAUAUUUAGUUGGUAAUAAUUUGCACGCAGACAUUAAUUAAAUAACAUACUGUAUCUUAUCUCCCUUACUUCCCUCCUAUGGCAGUAUUCAUUCCUUUUCUAUUGGUGUUGAUCAAAAAUAUUGUAUAUGUUUCAUAUUUUUUUAGAUGCGUUUUAUUUUAUAUACUUACUGUAUUGUGUAAUAUUUAUUUUAAAUGCAUUAUCUAUUAAUUUUCAUUUUAUGAAUUAAAAAUACAUUUUUUUCCAGACAAUUGAUUUACAAUUACCCAGAACAACUUUUUGCUGAUUCUGGAAUUAUGGCUAUUGAACAUGCCGAUUUUGAUGGUAUUGAACGUCUGGCUCUUGUUACCGGUGGUGAGAUAUUGUCAACAUUUGAUUCUCCUGCUGUGGCCAAGUUGGGAACAUGCAAACUUAUUGAAGAAACAAUGAUUGGCGAAAGCACUCUAUUACGCUUCUCUGGUGUGGCUCUUGGUGAAGCAUGUACCAUUAUUAUACGUGGUGCCACUGAACAAAUCAUUGAUGAAGCUGAUCGUUCUUUGCAUGACGCAUUAUGUGUAUUAUCUUCCACUGUUAAAGAGCCAACCAUUGUAUAUGGUGGUGGUUGCAGCGAGAUGCUUAUGGCUAAUGCUGUUAGUAGUGUAGCUGCCAAAACAGCUGGAAAGGAGGCAGUAGCCAUGGAGGCUUUUGCACGAGCUUUACAAUCUUUGCCUACCACUAUUGCUGAUAAUGCUGGUUUGGAUUCUGCACAGCUAAUUAGUGAAUUAAAAGCAGCUCAUGCUCUCGGCAAAACUACAAUGGGUCUUGGUUAGUAGGCUUUUAUAUUUUUAAUUUCGUUUUUUAUUAAUUAAAUAUUUUCAUUUCAGAUAUGGAUAAAGGCAUUUUAGGAUGUAUGAAAGAUAAUGGAAUUACUGAAUCUUUUGUUGUAAAAAGGCAAGUACUUUUGUCUGCUUCUGAGGCUGCUGAAAUGAUUUUACGUGUUGAUUGUAUCAUUAAAGCUGCACCAAGACAACGAGUUGAAGAUCGUGGUCACUGCUAA